AUGCACAGUCAGAUGAGCCAUUGCUUUAACUCACACAAUGUCCUCGGAGAUUCAGAUAGCCCUUGGAUUCUGUAUCACGAACACUAUGAAUUCCAACAAGGACAAGGGUGUUUUGGACUUCAACUCCCACAAUCCCUAGCAGCCUUCAGGGCCGACGUCACUUCCGGAGCGCCUUUGUUGGACGCGAAGGAACUGGAGAGAGUGUUUGGAAACGAGGGGGGCACGGCGGGGAGUUGCGCUUGCAAGAGGUGGCCCCCCGUUCAAACCCCCGUAAAACUGGAUCGAUUGAUACACCGAGUGAAGUCCUGGGAUGAAUGCCAGGAUUCCAGCCAGCGAUACGUCCGGUUCAUUUUCCAAAACUUCAGCCUUUGCAUCUCGACUGGCCAACCAGAGGUCGAAAGAUGGAAGGAAGUGAUAUCACAAAAAGCGAAUGCAAGGGCGGACGCCAGCAAAGGGGGGCAGGGACCCCCAACGGGGACCCCCAAAGCACAGCCGGACAUCCCUUUCAGAACGGAAGCCCCUCCGACCUCCAAGGGACCCCCGACAGCCCAGCCGGACCCCCGUUUCCUGACAGACGCCCUUCAGAUGGUGACAAGGCCACAGCAAGAGGAGACCCCCACCACACUGAUGCCCUCGGAGCCCCCCUUCACCCCGGGGGCCGCGGUGGGCCGGCCAGGGAGACCCCCCACGCCCCAGCAAGGGCCUGCUCCCAGCCAGCCGGCCCCCCGGGGGUCCUCCUCUCCGUCCCACACCACCCUCGCCAUCGUCAGCCUCCUGGGAAUCGCGCUCGUCUUGGUGGCCGUCGUGGUUUCCCUGGUUUGCCGGAGGAGGAGGAGGAGGCGUCAGGAGGGGCCACUCCACCCUGCUGCCCUCGGCGAGGAGACCCAUUGGCUGAACCUUCCCGAGAAGACCUGAAGCCAAAGCUAGCGCAGUUUCGUUGCUGGGACCACUUUGUGACUGACCACGUUUAUUUAUAUGUCUGUCUGUCUGUCUGUCUAUACCGAGAGGUCCUCCCCCUCCUUCCUCCCCCUCCCCUCCUCUGCAUUUCCACUUCCUGUUUUGUUUUCCUUGCACAAAGAAUAUAAACAAUGGCUUAUUUUUUUAA